AGUAUGCGUUUGUGAGUUUCCAUGUAGAUUUCAAGUGUACAGAUGUAAACAAUAAAACCAUCAGGAACAGUUGCUUUGAUAAUUCCAGGCGCCUUAGUGCUGGGUAAGUUGGCUGACAAAAUUGGAAGAAAAACCAGUAUGACGCUGACAACCUUUGGUUUAUUAAUAUUCAAUACAGUUUCUGCCUUUUCCCGAACCUACUCUAUUUAUAUGAUCUCUAAGUUCUGUGUUGGAUUCUUCGAGGCCGGAAGUAUUUUAUCAAUUUUUGUUCUAGCCAAUGAACUUGUUGGUCCAUCAAAAAGAGGAUUAAUUGGUGUCACUCUGCAAUCCUUCUUUGCAAUAGGGAUUGUUAUUGUUGCUGGGAUAGCAUAUCAGGUUCAGAACUGGAGAGAACUGACCCUUCUCAUCUCCUUUAUUGGUCUUCCUUUAGUAACUUAUCAUUUCUUUAUACCAGAAAGUCCCCGCUGGUUGUUAACUAAGAACAAAUUCAACGAAGCUGUGUUUGUGCUGGAGACUAUUGCUAGAGGGAACGGAAAGGAACUGAAUCCCAAACUUGGUAUGAACUCUGAAAAGAAGAAAACCUCCUUGAACAAUGAAGGUCUAAUGGACUUAUUUAGUAAAUGGGAGCUGGCUGUUCUAACAAUAAUCCAAAUCUAUUCCUGGUUUGUGAACUCAAGUUCCUAUUAUGGAUUAACCCUAGCAGCAGGUUCCUCUGGUGGAGGUUUAUACACAACUACAGCACUUAGUGGAGCAGUGGAGAUACCAGCAUAUAUUCUUCCUUUAAUAGGUUCCUCUGGUGGAGGUUUAUACACCACUACAGCACUGAGUGGAGCAGUGGAGAUACCAGCAUAUAUUCUUACUCUAUAG